UUACUGAUAUCUUUGUUGCCCCCGUCGGGAAGUGCUUCCCCUGCUCCCUAAGAUGGCGCCCGAUAACAUCCCUGGGAAAUAUGCAAAUGAAGAGACAUUCUAAGAACUCAAACCAAAGGACCUUAAAAACAAAGAAAAAUUCAACAAACCAAGCUAUGAGCCAUAUCAACAGAAAGUUCCCCUACUCUAUCAGCAAGGUUUUAAGUGUCACCGUGACUUUACUAGAACUGGACCAGAAUGAGGACCCUAGACAAGGAGCCAGAGCUGUCUUCCUAGGCACGCCCGUGAGGAUGGAAGCCCCAGUUCUGCUGCGAAGCAAAACUGUCUCUCUCUCCUCCUCUGCGUCGCCAAAGGGAGCAGUGGCGGUGUGCGCGACCCCUCGGGCCCCCUCCCCAGAGCUGAUCACUUAAUAAAGGCAUCCAAAAGGAGCAGGCCUCCUUGCCCUUUUCUCUUACACCAGUUGGGGGCUCGUCCGGGAUAGCCACACCUGAAGAGGACGCCAGGAACGGGACGGCCGCCCGCCCUGGACCUCCAGGACAGCUGGCUACCUGGACUAAGGAGAUCAGCCUGGGAACAGCGACGACGAGGAGCGCCGGAGGAGUCCCUUUCAGGUGUUGCUGACCACACACACGGCGAUACGGACUCGAGAAAAAGGUUGGACACAUAUUACUAGAGUCAAAGGACCGGUAACUCCUCCCAGUGACAGACCUAACUCCCUUGCACCAUCUGCAGAACCGAUAGAAGGAACCUCAUCCACCAACUCGCAGGAGUGGACUGUGAUUCAGGAUCCAAAGGACCUAAAGAUAACACUUAGGAAAAAACCGAGGAUUGACGAGGACUGAAAGUAGAGUCAGAGAGUUGUUGUUAUAAGUUACUGUAAAAGUUAAAUGGUUUGUUAUAAAAUGGCAAAUGUUGAAAGGUGUUUUUAGAAAUCGAAAAGUUAAAAUCAACCCCUCUAGAAAAUUAAUUAAAAUUAAAUUCUCCUACUGAACUUUCCCCAAGGAGCAGUAAAAAUUAGCAAGUAAGGAGUGAAACAGCCAGUGUGGAGGGACUUGAUCAAAUCUGGGGAAGACCAUCAGUCCAAGAGGCAAGACCGGAGGGAGCAAGUAUGAGAGAAAGAGCCCCUACCGGACUCUUGGGAAAACUGGUGCUGAUGCUACUGGUGAGUAGCGCUCUCAGCAAAGACCAGGACCCUUGCACUAAAUGUUAUCACCCCAUCUACGAUGGGGAAGAACUGAAGUCCCUAUUCAGAGUCCACACCAAUAUAAAUCCAAGCUGUUUUAAUCACUCUCAGUUAAUUACCUGUCGAGAAGAUGGGAAAGUCUAUUGGACUACUAAGAAUACAGCCUCUUAUAGGCAGCGCUUGCUUGGGGAGUGCCCAGUAGGAGAAUCCUGGUUUUGCUUUGAACAGGAAGGAUUAAAAGACCUGGUAAAAGAAAAGCAGCUGGACAGAGAGAAUUAUGAAUCGCACACCCCUGAGGGAAAGAAUUUAUUUAUAGAUUUAGUAGAGAAAAUAAGCAAAGAGUUAAACUUGACAGAAUGUUGGGUUUCUGGAAGUACCCAAAUGACUGAAAUAUGGCCAUGGGAGGGAAUUAGUCUGAGCGCAUUAGAAAUUUUAAGGUGGAAACAAACAAAAUUAGAAUAUGAGUCAUUGACAUCCAGGGGGAGGGAAAAAUGGGACCUGAAGUCAGAAAUAAUAGGUGAAGAAUGCAUACUUAGAACAGGGAAGAAAUAUAAUACCCCUGUAGGAAAAAUGGCAUGUAAAAGAUAUUUAAUAAUAAAGAAUUCAGAUACCAAAUGGGUCCCAAAGGAACCCAAUACAUACUGGACUGCGGGACAAAUAGAUAAAGGAUGUAUAUAUCAUGAAGGAUAUAAGCUGUAUAAAUGUCCUGCAAAAAGAAUGAAUCCUUUCUGGGGGAUCAAAGAAUUGUCAAAAUUUUGGGAAUGCCCAGAUGAAAUCAGUGAUGGGUUCUGGCAAGCCCCAGAGUAUUUGUUUUGGAUCUGUGGAGAUACAGCAUAUACAAAGUUACCUGAAGACUGGACAGGGAGUUGUACUAUAGGGGUCAUCAAACCAGCCUUUUUCCUACUACCCAAGAAAUCAGGAGCACACUUAGGAGUUCCAAUUUAUGAUGAUUUGAGAAAAGACAAUAGAAAGAAAAGGAAUAUAAUUGACAUGGGGGGUACACAAGUAUGGAAAAGCAGAAUGCGGACCCCCGAGGAAAUUAUCCAAACUUAUGGGCCGGCCACAUGGGCUCAAGAUGGAUCUUGGGGCUACCGUACCCCUAUCUAUAUGUUAAAUAGAAUAAUCAGGCUCCAAGCAAUACUUGAGAAAGUUUCUAAUCAAACAGCACUCGUAUUUGAACAUAUAAGUGACCAAUUGACUCAAACAAGAACAGUAAUUUAUCAAAUCAGACUGGCUGUAGAUUACCUAUUGGCAGAUGAGGGGGGAAUAUGUGGAAAAUUCAACUCUUCUGAGUGCUGCUUGGAGAUAGAUGAUAAAAGUGAAGUAAUCAAAAACAUCUCUAAGGAAAUCCGUAAAUUGGCUUAUGUAGGGAAUCAAGAGUGGACACCUUUAAUAAAUAGUAAUUGGUGGGAUGAGUUUUGGUCCUUCAAAGGAACAUGGUGGAAAAAGGCUGCGUUUAUAACUGUUUGUUCAAUAGCCGGAUUGUUGUUUCUACCCUGCCUGUUCCCCUGUUUAGUCCGAAUACUGACCUCCGCGGUCCAAGCGAGUAUUCAAUCUCCUGAAUCAAAUAAUCAGAAACAAGCAAAAAUAAUGCUAAUGGAAAGUCAAGAGCAGAAACAUGAAACUGCCAGAGAAAUAUAUAAUAAAUACCAAAAGCUUAGAAAAUUUUAUUUCCAAGAGUCAGAAACUGUAAAUUGAUGCGGGCAUCAGCCCGAUCAAAUAAAUAGAGGGGGGAGUUGUUAUGAACAAGUUCAGAAGUUAAUAUAAUCA